AUGAGUGUCAGAGCAGCGAAGCAGAGCAUGCCCCGUAACAAGUUUACCAAGGGCGAAGAUCGAAAGCUACGUGAAUGCGUUCGAAAGUUCGGUACUUCAAACUGGAAAGCCGUUUCUAGUUUGAUGCCUGGUCGAAAUAUGAGACAGUGCAAAGAUCGCUGGGAGAAGUAUUUAAGCCCUGACGUAGACAAUUCUCCUUUCACAAUUGAUGAUGACAUCAAGAUAUUGAAAUAUUAUUCCAUUUAUGGAGGAAAAUGGAAAGAUUUAUCUAAAUUAAUGAAAGGAAGAACAGAUACAAGCAUAAAAUCAAGAUAUAAACUGUUAAUCAGGCAUGGAGAAACCAUUGAACUUCUUGAAAACAGUAAGCCUGAUAUGAUCAAAGAAAAGGAAACUCAAGAAGAAAAUAGAAACUCAGAAAUGAAAGUUUCUGAGAUUGUUGAUAGCUCUAAGCUAUUUUCUUCUAUAGAUGAAGUGUAUUCUGACCUGAGCUUUUUAUAA